GAAAAGGCAACCAUGAUAACUACAGAAAACCGAACCCUGCUCAUUCAAAUACUGAGAAAACUCAAUACGUCACAACAGGAGUUAGAUAAUGGUGGUUUGCCAGAAGGAUUGACUUUUCCCUUGAAAUUGUUGAGGGAUGUGAGAGACCUGGAGGCCCUCCUUCAAAAUUUCGAGAAGGAGAAGCUUUUGGUCACUUACUUAUCCAAUAUUGGUGGAGAGAAUCUUGGCAGUACGGUCAGACGAAUUCUUGUCUGCAUAUUGACCAAUGACCUUGCAAAGCAGUUUAAUUGGAUUGGAAAAGGCACAAAGGAGGCCUUCUGUAAACUUCGUCUGGUGAAUGUUGUACAUCGAGCUGUUCGCAGAAAUCCAGCCGUCAGAUCUGCGACAAAUGCUGAGAUAGAUUCCAUCAUAAAAGAUUGGUUUCGCUAUGCCAAAGACCGUGAUGGUGGAAGGGCGAGAAGAGCACGUCAGGCCAGCGUUAGUCCUUCCGAAAAUGUCAGCCAGGAAUCUACUGAAGACUAUGGUUCCAGUGAUGAACAUGACCGUCCCUGAUCGAUGAAAACCAGGGAGCCUGCAUGCAGCUAGAGAUUUUGGUUCAGAUCAGUGAGGAAUUAUAAUACACUCUUAGAGAAUGUAAAAUCUUCUACUAUUGUAUGUCACUACAUCAAGCUUGUACUAUACACAUCUUGUUUCGAUGUUUGAAGUUGAUUGAACUCAUAAUCAUUAAUGGUAAUCAGGGACUCAAUAGCAAGGUUGCCUUGAUCACGAGUGCAUUCACGUUUUUUGUACUACUUUUCUAAUGAGCCCAACUUGAGUUUCAAAUGUAAUGUUAGAAAAAAAGAAGCUUUUAUUUUUUUUUUA